AUGGCCCUCCAGAGCGCGCCGGGCAAGAAGCUCACCCUCAGCCAGAUCUACCAGUUCGUGGCCGGGAACUUCCCCUUCUACAAGCGCAGCAAAGCCGGCUGGCAGAACUCCAUCCGGCACAACCUCUCGCUCAACGACUGCUUCAAGAAGGUGCCCCGCCACGAGGACGACCCCGGUAAAGGCAAUUAUUGGACCCUGGAUCCAAACUGUGAGAAGAUGUUUGAUAAUGGCAACUUCAGAAGGAAGAGGAAAAAACGAUCUGAUGCUACAAAUGGGUCUGGAGCACCCAACAAAGUAGAAGACAAAAGGAGCAGUCCUACAGUCCCACAAGCCUCUGAACCUCACAAUGUGGCCCCUGUGCCACGGCGAUGCUCCCCAGGUUUGAUGACUAACUGCAAAUCCCCCAGCCUGAGCUCCAGCCGUUGUUUCUCCACCUUCGUCUCCACCAUGAAUGCCGUGGCCCAGAGGCGGAAUGGCUUUUCCAGGCAGUUUUUCAGUGGGCCGGGGUCUGAUUUCAUGCCUGGGAGGCAGAAUGGGCCUAACUUGAGCUCUUGCGCUAUUUCCCAUAGCAAUCCAUCCUCAGGAUUCGAACUCGGUUCUCAGCCCAACUCCAGAAUGAAUUACUAUGCAAGCACAAGUGGACAGUCAAGCUGCCUCAGUGCCCCAGUCCUGAGUACCUUCAGUGUGAACAAUCUGAUCUAUAGCAGAGAGGGGACAGAAGUUUGAAGGAUGGCAGUAUAGCCCUUGUUUGAUGUAUAUCACACAAACAGCCUUGGUUGAGUGCCUAGACGUUUUGCCUUAAAUCCAAUAGCCUGUUAGUAGCUAUCCUCAGUGUUUCUUAUUUGUUUGUAUCCACAGCCACAAUGUGCACCAUGACUACAGAGCUUGGAAAAGUUGCUUUCUUGUAUUUCAGUUCCUCAAGCCUUCUAACUAGCAUCUUCUUUAAGCUCUAUGUGGACACUCCUUUAAAGGUAUUUUAUCCAGUGCCAGUUUGUCUUCUCCCUUCCUCUUUCUCUCUCCUUCCCGUGACUUCUCAGGUUGCACAUUUGGGACAAUAAAUAGAGUUGAUCCAUAGAACAGUAUUCUUUGGAAAGUUUUCCAACACCUGUCUGUAACAGGAACAUUUCCUGAGUAGGAAGUUAGUCUCAAUGUGGGAAUUGUGUUGUCUUCCGGAUGUUGUUGAACUGUAAAUCACAUCAGCCCUAGGCAAGAAAAUAAUUACAGAGGAAUGCUGGGACUUGCAAUUCCAUAACAUCAGAGUGGGAGGAGGGUGCUGUUUACUUCUCGGUCCUGUGUUAGUGACAGAAAGUGCUACAGUAGAGUCUUGCUUAUCCAACAUAAACAGGCCAGCAAAACGUUGGGUAAGUGAAAAUGUUAGAUAAUAAGGAGGGAAUAAGGAAACGCCUAUUAAACGUCAAAUUGUGUUAUGAUUUUACAAAUUAAGCACCAAAACAUCAUGUUUUACAACAAAUUGACCAAAAAACAAAACAAAACAGUUCAAUACAUGGUAAUGUUAUGUAGUAAUUACUGUAUUUACGAAUUUAGCACCAAAACAUCGCAAUGUAUUGAAAACAUUGACUACAAAAACAUUGACUACUAAAAAAUUGACUACAAAUUAGAGUUGCAUAAAAUGAACUUACGGUAACAACAUUGUCAGAAGUUAAAUCCAUAAAAAGUUCAAUCCUGUGAAGAUUUUUAAAAAAUCUGUGAUUCUUGCCUGACUAGAGAAACAGCUGUGGAUCCGGGGCGGGAGGCAGACUGCGUUGGAUAAUACAGAACAUUGGAUGAGUGAAAGUUGUAUAAGCGAGACUCUACUGUAUUUGCAUUUUCCAAAAUAUCACGGGCCUACAUCUUGGAAGAGUAGGCUUUCUACACUGUAAAAUAAAUAACCAAGUGUUGAUUCAGUGCUUCUUACCAAGUGGCACAGCCCAUCCGUCCCCAUAGACAUGUUCAUUGGAAAGCACCUCUUAUUGACUUCAGCCAGUCAAAUUUAUGGUCAAGAAAUUAAAACUUCAAUGCACACUUUAAAAUGUUCUACUUCCCUCUCUAGUUGCUUUGUUUACAGUUUCAUUACUAUAGCCUUAGAUUCUCUUUUUAGUUUUUUUAAACAAAUGCACUAAUCUAUAGUGUAGGAAUAUUUUGGAAUUUGUAUAUAAUAGCUGUACGCACCAAGUAAGAAGAUAUAACUGUGUUUUGGAAAACUCCAUUUAGAGAUCCUAACUAACUGUGUAUUGCUGCUCUGUGCAACAAACAAAAUAAAAUGCCGCCCUUUGAUUUGUCCUAGAA